GGAUUGAUGUUACACAUUACCCAAUCGUGUACUAGUCAUUACUUUUGUAAAUGUACUUGUUUUCAGUUGCAAAAUGUCGUAACCGCCGGCAUUUUGUGAUACUCAGUAGAGCAAACGAAGCUGAGUCAUUUCAAGUUUGUAAUUCAAAGUGAGUGCAUGUGAAAUGAUCCAGGAAAAACGAAGUGAAGUAUAUUUUGAGAGAUGAAAAGGGCAGGAAUAAGUAGUGCCUUCGAAAAUUUUCUGCAGAAUAAUAGGAAAUGUACUAGAAAACCAUCAAAUAUAUUGCAGCAGCUCCACAAUAGAAAUUCUGAUGAACAAAUUAUAGCAAGUCAAAAAGAACUGUUUUUCCAUGGAAAAGUACUAAGCUAUCAAUCAUGUUGGCAAUACUUAAAUAUUUUUCAAUCGAACAACGUCUGCUGCAUAAGGCAGCUUUAUGUUUCCAUAAAGAUAACAAGCUUACUAGAUCGCGAAGAAGGAUACGUUAUCGGAAAACAACUUUUGGAAGUCCGAAAUUAUUUUGAAGAUCCGGUCGAGUCAUUUGCUUUAGGAAUAUGUUUGUGCAAUGCAAUAUACCUAAUAAUACGUCUCCCGAAAAUGGAAGAAGAAAAUGUCCUGCCAAGACGCAACCUUAAUAAACGAGUUUUAAAAAGAUGUAAUGGGACAUUAGGUAUAGAAAAUGUACCAGAAAUACCUUCAAUUGCUGACAUAAUAGAAGGACUAACAAACUUAAAGAAACAAAUUAAACGAAGAGAUGAAAAAUCAACAAAUGGAGUUAAUUAAUCUAGUAGCGGAAACUUCUGCUUUACUUAAGGAACCAAUAACGCUUCGAAAAAGUAAGGAAUCGUUGAAACAACUGGAUGAAUACUUGCAAAAAAACGAAGAUAAAAUUAAUCCGUCCUUAUACAGGGCUCCCGUACAGACGGAUUCUCCGAAAUCGCCAAAAACAAAUACCAUAAAACUGAAUGCGUACAAAAGAAAAACUUAUGCAUAACAAUACUGCAAGCAUUGCACCUUGAAUUUUAUAUUAUUGUGUAUUAUGUUUUCACUUGGAAGAAUUUAUUUAUAUUAUAAAU